UUUCAGGCAGCUAAGCAACGAGAAACAGAUAUGGGAAAAGUCUCCAAGUUUUCGAGUCCUAAAUUAAUAGUCCGGAAAUGGCUGAAUAUACCGAGUGGAGCAGACGAGUUUCACUCCGAUUACGACAUCAACGACAAACUUGAUGAAAGAAGAAAGAGUUGCUCCGACGAGGAACAUUACGUGUUCGUACCGGAAGAUUUCUCAGAAGGUUGGUUGAUGGAAGCAGCCGGAGGGAUUAAACCGACGAUGAUCUCGCCGGAGACAUUGCCCGUCUCUGAUUCAGUCAACCUCAGGAUGUUUGUAGGGACAUGGAAUGUGGGAGGGAAAUCACCUCACCAUGGUUUGAACUUAAGAGAUUGGUUAAGGUCACCUGCUCCUGCUGAUAUCUACGUUCUAGGGUUCCAGGAAAUUGUUCCUCUAAACGCCGGCAAUGUGCUCGGAGCUGAGGACAACGGCCCGGCUGCACAGUGGCUUUCCCUUAUUCGUCAAGCAUUGAAUACCAACCCAAGUGGCCUAGAGCUUGAUCAAUGUUACAAUAUCACUAGUCCGUCCUCACUGCAGCUUGAGCAACACGCAACCGUGAAGCCAAGGGUCAGCUUUUCCGAUUUACUUUCUACGGAAGACGAAAUCGGAAAAGAAGAUUUCGAAAGUUCGAUAAACUUGAAUUCGAGUUUAACCGAAGAUGGCUCACCUCGCCUGACAUAUGUUUCUGACAGUCCAAAGCGGCAGCGUUUCUGCCUAGCUGCGAGCAAGCAAAUGGUUGGUCUUUUCCUGUGCGUGUGGGUUCGAGCUGAUAUUUCCCAGCAUAUUAGCAACCUGAAAGUCUCGUGUGUUGGCCGUGGCAUCAUGGGAUAUCUGGGAAACAAGGGUUCAAUAUCUAUCAGUAUGACUUUGCACCAAACCACGUUCUGCUUCGUUUGUACACACUUGACUUCCGGGGAGAAAGAAGGCUAUGAGAUCAGAAGGAAUUCCGACGUUGCCGAAAUCUUGAAGAGAACAAGGUUCUCUCAUACACUUCGAGGCCGCAAACAUCCUCUUCCUCCCCAUACCAUUUUCGAGCAUGAUAAGAUUAUCUGGUUGGGAGACUUGAACUAUCGGCUUGCCGCCGGUUGUGCCGAUACAUACGAAUUACUGAAGAAGAAUGACUGGCAAACACUUCUAGAGAAGGAUCAGCUAAGAUUGGAGCAAAGGGCCGGUCGGGUGUUCAAAGGAUGGGAAGAAGGCACGAUAUACUUCGCUCCAACUUACAAAUAUCUCGCCGAUUUCGAUGUCUAUGUCGUGCGAAAAACGAAUUCCAAAGAAAAACGACGGAUUCCGGCCUGUUGCGAUAGGAUACUGUGGAAAGGCGAAGGAGUGAAGCAAAUAUGGUACUCAAGGGGGGAGUCGAGGUUUUCGGAUCACAGGCCAGUUUAUUCCCUCUUCUCGGUCCAAGUGAAUUUAGCCAACCAUCCCAUCUCCACCGCUAGAUCCUGUCCUCCAACUCUAUCAAAAUUAACAGCCAAAGUCCAAGCCGAAGAGCUCUUGCUCAUUCCCACCCUACAAAGCUGCUUAAGCACUUCCUCCCGCUUCUGA